AAAAGCGGGAUCUGGAACCCAGGAGCACGAACAAGGGGCUUGUGGCUGGUUCAGGAUCCUGAGGGAUAUUGACAAAAGCCUGGGAUGGAACAGCUGAUCCCAGGCACGUGAUCAGUGCAGGAAGUGUGUGUGAAUCAGAGACGGAAACUGUGAGCUCAGGAUUCAGCAAAAAGAGAGGAGGGAAUUCACAGGAGCACGGGGAAUAGAGAGAGCGAGCCAUUCGGCAAACCCCAGCUUCCUGCAAGAUGUGGAAAGCUGCUGCUGGUCGGACUAUUUCUGUAACAGCAUCGGAUGAUGGUGAUGAUUGGGACACAGACCCCGACUUUGUGAAUGAUUUAUCUGAAAAAGAACAGCGAUGGGGAGCCAAGUCAGUUCAAGGAUCAGGACACCAGGCCCAUAUAAACUUGCAUGAGUUGAGGGAAAAUGUUUCUCAGGAGCAUAAAUCUCUAAAACAAAAAGAAUUAGCUGAUGGGCCAAAGGCAUCCCAUGGAUAUGGUGGCAAGUUUGGAGUCCAGGAUGAUCGAAUGGAUAAGUCUGCUGUUGGACAUGAAUAUGUUGCUAAACUCUCCAAACACUGCUCUCAAACAGACUCUGUAAAGGGAUUUGGUGGAAAGUUUGGUGUGCAGAAGGAUAGGGUCGAUAAGUCUGCUGUGGGGUUUGAAUAUGAAGGCAAGACCGCCAAGCAUGCAUCUCAGAAAGAUUACAGUACUGGUUUUGGGGGGAAGUAUGGAGUGCAAGCAGACCGAGUGGACAAGAGUGCUCUAGGGUUCGAUUACCAAAGCAAAACCGAGUUUCACCAGUCCCAGAGAGAUUAUUCCAAAGGAUUUGGUGGAAAAUACGGAGUGGAGAAGGAUAAAGUGGACAAGAGUGCUGUUGGCUUUGAAUACCAAGGAAAGACUGAAAAGCAUGAGUCACAGAAAGACUAUGUCAAAGGUUUUGGUGGGAAAUUUGGUGUCCAGACUGAUCGACAGGACAAGAAUGCCUUGGGCUGGGAUCACCAAGAGUCAACACAACUUCAUGAGUCACAGAAAGACUAUAAGAGAGGUUUCGGUGGUAAAUAUGGUGUUGAGACAGAAAACCAGGACAAAUCUGCCGUGGGUUUCGAUUACAAGGAAAAGCUGGCCAAGCACGAAUCUCAACAAGAUUAUUCAAAGGGAUUUGGUGGCAAAUAUGGUGUUCAAAAAGACCGAAUGGAUAAGAGUGCUGCCUCCUUUGAUGAUGUCGAGCAGCUGGCUCCAGCGUAUCAGAAAACGAAGCCGGUCGAAGCUGCCAGUGCAAGUACGAGCAGCAUCCGUUCCAAGUUUGAGAACAUUGCCAAAGCGAAGGAGGAGGAGGAUAGAAAGAAGGCAGAGGAAGAGAGAGCUCGCCGUCGGGCCAGCGAGAAACUAGAACAGGAGGAAGCCAAGAGGAAACUAGAGCAGGAGCAAGAAUUCACAAAGAAUCGACCCCCUGCAUCCCGGGAGCCCCCUGCAUCCCAGGAACCUGUUUCUCCUCCAUCCCCUGUUAGGGAGCAGCGAUCGCCUAGUCCAGUUUAUGAGGAGCCCCCUGUACAGGAAGAGGCUGUCUAUGAAGCAGAACCUCCCUAUAGUAGUGAUGAGCCACACUACCAAGAGGCAACAUAUGAACAAGAAGCGGUUUAUCAGAUGCCAGAUGAGAGUCAAGGUUACCAAAGAGAAGAGCCCACUUAUGCAGAAUACGGAAAUGAGUAUGGGAUCACAGCUGUAGCAUUGUAUGACUACCAGGCUGAUGGCGAUGAUGAAAUUUCAUUUGAUCCCGAUGACAUCAUCACCAACAUUGAAAUGAUUGAUGAAGGAUGGUGGCGAGGGGAGUGCCGAGGCAGAUAUGGUCUUUUUCCAGCUAACUACGUUGAACUGAAACAGUGAAGAGCUCAAAUUGGGUUACAUAGCUGAUGUAAUGCACAAUUCCAGUGUAAUAGAGCAUGAAUUGUGUCCAGUAAUGGGAAUAAAGUUUUUUCUUUUUCUCUUGAGUUGCAAUUAGACAUUGCAUAAUAUCCAAUUUUCAAAAGCACUGGGGGAAGAAGCUUCAUGUUGAUAUUUGACAUGCCUUUGAGAACGGGUGUGUUGGCGUGCUGUCCUUUAUAACGCUAAAUGCACUUUCUAAUUGACGAGAAACCCUAGCAGUUUGAACCAAUGUGCCAGUUGUGUGGGAGCACUGAUUCAGUCUACAGGUGCUUCCUACAAAGUAAGGCCAAUCACUUCUUGGUGACCAAGUUAAAGUUUUAAAUAAGAUGAAAAUGAUUGUACAUCACUACCCGGUUUAAUCCUCUAGUCUUAGCCAUGUGGUUUGUUUAAAAUAAUGAUACUUUGCCCACUUACUAAUGGUAAAAUCAAUUAACUCAUUAUGUUUGGUAUAUUCUCCCUUGACGAGUCUCAGUAUUCUGCUUGAAAUUAUAUUUGCUGAUUCACGAAUGGGUUUGGGUUUUUAUAAUAAAAGUUGCCUUUUUCAGUA